AUGGAGUAUGAUAACUUUGAGAAUGCGACCCACUUCACACACGCGCAGAGAGUUCCGUGCAAAAACUCAGCUAUCGUUCUAUCCUACUCAACUGAUUUCAAUUUCAAAAUAGAACCCCGUGCAGUAACUCAAGUGAAGUUUAUCAUCUUGGUUGAAUCAGUGAAAUAUUUUAAAUCUGAAAAUGAGUUCUUCGGAUUCUCAAGAAACGACAUGAGCAGUGAGAGGUUUGAUGUCCCGGCGUCGUCGAUAUUUAAGAUUUCUGGUGGGGACACCAUCGAUGAGAUGUUCUGUGAGAGCGAUAAUCAGCGUUUUAGACAGAUAUGCAGCUACGUUCAAUGUCCUUCGUUACUACACUGCAAUAAUCCAUUCAAACCUCGAGAUCACUGCUGCCAAGUAUGUGGAUUAAAAGUGGAUGUACACUUGCACGAGAAAUAUUCGAAGAUUGAAAUAUAUCACAAGAUCUUCGAUAGGCACCUCUCAAUUCCGAAGAUGGUGAGCACGAUGGUAGCGGAUGGAAAUGCGACAGAUUUCGAAUUCGUGGCGGCAGACGAAACAGACGACGGCUCAGCUCUGAAUGCAAUCCAAGAAACGGAGAAGGCACUGAACGAAGUGUUAGAUGGAUUCAGAAAAUUAAAUCCCGGUUACACCAUAACAACAAACAGCAUAAUGACAUCGAGUGGAGAGUCCCUAGGUAGGAAAGUUUGGUUGUUUGCUUCUGGUUGUGAACGCUUCGUUCUUCAGGCCCAUCAACCAGUACCACUGUACUGA